CAAAAUCUUAAUAACUGUAAAAAAUGAGGAAGCGAAUUCAAUUUUCGUUUCAUUGUCUAUAUCUUUUAGGACGAAGAUGAAUCCUCUUUAAAAGUAAAAGUCUCGAACGCUGAAAUAAUGGCAAGACUUGUGAAACUAAUUUCUCAGUUUUUUGCGGAUUUGGUACGCAUACUUGUGACGUUAACAUGGCCCGUAUCCGAUUACGUUUUAGAUUUCAUUUACCAUCUGGUCAUGGGUCGAUCUAAGAUCCUCCCUCCCAUCAAAAAUGCUAUUCUCCUGAUGUCAGCUACAGAACUCGCAGAGAGAAUUCGCAAAAAAGAGAUGAAGUGUGAAGAAGUUGUCAGAGCCUAUAUUGAGAGAUCCAAACAAGUCCAUCCCUUUAUAAACGCUGUCACUGACGAACGAUAUGACGAAGCCUUAGAAGACGCGAAGAAUGUCGAUGCAUAUCUAGCUACAACAUGGAAAUGUGAAUCCUCAAUAGCUGAAGAUACACCACUUUUGGGAGUUCCAUUUACAUGCAAAGAAGCAAUCGGUGUUAAAGGUUUGUUAAUCACUUUCGGUGCGAUGUGUUUUAAGGAUAGAAAAGCUGAACAAGAUUCUAAAACAGCAGCACUGUACAGGAAAGCUGGUGCCAUUCCUCUUACAGUCACAAAUGUCCCAGAAUACUGCAUGUGGUGGGAGAGUGCCAAUCAUGUAUUUGGAAUGACUAAGAAUCCAUAUGAUAAUGCAAGAACUGCCGGUGGCAGCUCGGGAGGCGAAGGGGCCUUGAUAACUUCUGCGGGAGCUACCAUCGGCAUUGGCAAUGAUAUUGCUGGCAGCAUUAGAAUCCCUUCCUCAUUCUGCGGAAUCUAUGGCCAUAAACCUUCUGCUGGUAUUAUACCAAAUGAGGUUGGAUGCCCUGAACUUCCAGAUUAUAAAAAAUAUGACCGACUUGUCAGCACAGGACCAAUGUGUCGUUAUGUUGAAGACCUACUAUUGUUAACGAGGAUAUUGGCAGACAAUAAUAAACUUGUCCCAUGGGAUAAAAAAAUUGAUUUCCGACAAGUGAAGAUUUAUUAUAUGGAAGAAAUCCCUGGCCCCUUAUUAGGAGCAAUUCCUGACAUUAGAGCUGCUAUUAAAAAAGCCGUCAGAUAUUUCGAAGAAGAAUACAAUGUCAUAGCCGUAAAAAUCAGCAUGGAAGAAAUGAAAUAUGCGUUUCCUAUUUGGGAAUGUAAAUUACUGGAAUCAGGUUUUCCACCUUUCAAAUUCAUGUUAGCUGGAGAGCAAGGCAACAUUAACAUAUGCAAGGAGUUGGUCAAGAACAUACUGGGGACCUCGGAUCACACGUUGCCAGCACUAUGUUUUGCAGCAUGCGACAGGAGGAAGAAAGAUUCAUUUUAUUACAAAUGCCUCGAAAUGUACAAAAAUCUGGAACAAAAGUUUCUAGAGCUUCUGCAGGGGGAUGCAAUUUUCUUCUUGCCAACUCAUCCAGAAAGACCACCACAUUAUCUUAUGACAAUCGCUAAAUAUAAAAAUAUAGGAUAUACCAGCAUAUUCUGUAUUUUAGGAUUUCCAUCGACUCAAAUACCAACUGGUUUAAGUAAAGGUAUGCCAAUAGGUAUCCAAGCUAUAAGUAGACCCUACCAGGAUCAUUUAACAAUAGCAGCAGCCGUAGAAUUGGACAAAGUGUUCAAUGGUUGGAUUAGUCCAUGCCCCAUAGAUGUUUGAGAUUAUUCCAACCAAUAAUAUUCAAACCAGUAGGGAUUCAAGAACUAAGUAGACCCUAUCGGGAAUACUUAACAAUAGUGGCAACAUUAGAAUUGGUUAAAGUGUUAGAAUUGGAUAAAGUAUUCAAUCGCUGGAA